AGCAAGAGGAUGCCGCAUAUGUUUUACCUGUAGCAUACGUUUAUGAGCGCGUAAUAUCUGAGGCGGAUAUGUUUAUUAGAAUAAGCAUAACGUAAGUUUAGUAUUUGAUCCCUUUAAACUGCCUAUAAAAAAUCAGGGGAAAUUAUUUUGUUCCACAUUAAUACCCCAACACUCUUUUUUUUCUCUCUCUCUUCACUUUUUCUUUUUUUUCUUUUUAUAAUCGUUUAAAUGUCAAAAGUAGUUGCCAAUAGUCAGUUAUUAUCUCCAUUCGAGUCAGCCCAGCAAACUGAUAUUGCUCCUAGAAGAAAGAGAUCUUUUUCUUCAAUCCCAGCUGAGCAAGUGAAAGAGAUGCCUAACAAAAGAACAAAGAGUAUAUAUGCAUGCAUAAACAAACUUCUUCCCUCCUUUUUUGUAACAUUUUUUGCUUUUCCUUGUUAGCAAAAAGAGCUUUGAAAGAAUCUACAGAAACUUCUCUCUCUGUAUGGAUUGGCGCAACUGUUUUGGAAGAAAAGGAACCAGUAGCUGCAGCUUUUAGUGUAUUUUAUGGUCCUGCAGAUGACCGAAACUAUACUAAAAAACUUCAAUCUGAAAAAAAGCAAACUUUGAUUGAUGUAUUGCUUAUGGGCGUUCUUGACGUCUUAAAGUUGCAUGAAAACACUUCUGACGCUUUAUUAGUUCAUGUUGGUAGUGGCAACCAGGAAGGAUAUAUUACCAAUUGUGGAUUAUAUGAUCAAGUUAAGCAGUUGAUUGAAAAGAGAAAGGCCAAAACUUUAAUUGUUUAUGCAACUGACCAGCAAGUGAACUCAGAAUGGGAGCAUUUACAAGCCAGUCAGAGCGCAAAGGAAGCUAUUGCUGAGCAGACUGACAAGAAGGAAACAGAGUCAUCUGACGUUGUGAUGGCUGACGUUGAAAUUGGGGCAGAUGAAAAGAAAGAAGAGGAAACAAACAUUGCCGAUGGUGUCGUACCUGACGUCAAGGAAGAAGUGGAUGUUACAUGUGACAAACAAAGAGAAGCAGGUGUUGAUAUGAACGCAAUUAGUUCAGUUGAUGCUGUUGAAGAGAUAUCGGAAGAAUCUUCCACGCUGGAUUUACCAGAACAAGUAAAAGAACAGUCGCCAUCUGCUGACCAAAUCGAGUCCUCCGGCUGGGGCUUCAAGUUCAGUUUCCGUAACUUGGUAGAUGUUUUGAAAGCACCAUUUAAUCGUAAAUAGGCCAUAAUUAAUUCUUACACUUUAUUUAUUCCCCUUUCCUUAUUCUUUUCCAUAAUAUACAAAUACGCAUUUUUUAAUAAUUUAAUAAACACUUGUCUUAAGGCAUUGAAUUGUAGUUAUUGUUCAUCUUUGUGACUAUCAAAAAUGAUGGUGUGUCCAAAGUGUAGGUUGAAGUCUGAUUGGCAAGC